UUGUAGUACUGACAUAAAAUAUUCCCACACUAGUCAAGCUAGACAUGCCUAGAGACACUAAUACUACAUUCCUUUAACAUCCAACGAGCAGCUAGCCGGGCACGAGAGGAUGACACAGCCGCAAGCAAAACCACCCAAGUCGGGAUCCUCGAAGCGUAGUGCUCUACGGGACAUUAUUGUCGGGGGCAAGUAUCGGUUAUUGAGUCCAAUUGGCAGCGGGUCCUUCGGAGAGCUAUAUCGUGCCUCGGGCCUCCACUGCGGCGAAGAGGUGGCUGUCAAGCUGGAGAGCAGCUCGGUCAAGUAUCCACAGCUGCCGCGCGAGGCCAAGAUAUACAACAUACUUAGGGGCGGUGUUGGCUUCCCGCAUAUUCGCUACUUCGGCACCGAGGGCAUCUACAAUGUGCUGGUGCUAGAUCUUCUGGGCCCCACCUUGGAGGAUCUGCUCAAUUUCUGUGCGCGAAACUUCAGUCUGAAGACGACGCUAAUGCUGGCGGAUCAGAUUCUGGCCCGCGUGGAGUAUCUGCACAUGAAUUGUCUGCUGCAUCGCGACAUCAAGCCUGAGAACUUUCUCAUGGGCCUGGGCAGUCAGCGCACUCGCGUGUUCAUGAUUGACUUUGGCCUGGCCAAGAGAUAUUAUCGCCCAAGCACCCGCACCCACAUCAGCUACUAUGAGCGCAACGAGCUCAUUGGCACCGCUCGGUACGCCUCUGUGCACGCCCACUAUGCGGAGCAGGGCCGGCGCGACGACUUGGAGUCCGUUGGCUAUCUGUUGCUCUACUUCAUGCGCGGUCGCCUGCCCUGGCAGGGCAUUAAUGCUGCCACGCGAGUCCAGAAGUACGAGAAAAUCGCCGAGAGCAAGUCCACGCUGCCCCUGAAUAUACUCUGUGCCGGCGUGCCCACCGAGUUUUACAUGUACAUGAAGUACUGUCGCAGCUUGCACUUCACCGAGCAGCCGGACUACGUGUAUUUGCGGCAGCUGUUUAAGGUCUUAUUCCGAAACCACUAUUUGAUCUAUGACUAUCUCUACGAUUGGGUCAACAUUAAUGUGGAGAUGGGCCGUAAUAAGCGAAUGUUGGCACAGAUUGAACAUGGCAAGGAUCGAAAUCAAGAUCAGCAGCAGCAGCAGAAGCAGCAGAAGCAGCAGCAGCAGCAGCAGGAGCAGGAGCAGGAGGAGGAGGAGGAGGAGGAGGAGGAGGAUGAUGUGGACGAAGAAGCAUUGGCACAGCCCACUAGAGGCAGUCUCUGGUAG